GAAGACUAACCUUUAUGUUCGAAAUUUUGCGCGUUAAAAUCACAUAAACGGUUUCAGCCCACAUUUUAUAUUAAUUUUAAAAUAACAUCAUGGAUUCAAUUACAACGGCUCUGGAAAGCGCCCGCGUUUCUUUGAACGGACUAUCGUUUGCAGGAAAAUCGUUAAAAUUAAAUAAUGAAGAAGAUGCCAAGGAAAUAAUUGAGAAAAUUGAAAAGUGUAAAGAAUUGCAGUAUUUAAAUCUUGAGGGAAAUACGCUGGGCGUAGAUGCAUCAAAAGGCAUUGCAAAAGCGUUGGAAAAGCACCCAGAGUUUAAACGGGCAUUAUGGAAGGAUUUGUUCACUGGUAGAAUGAAGGAGGAGAUUCCCAAGGCGCUGGAAUUUUUGGGGAGUGGCUUAGUCACUGCAGGAGCCAAGUUAACCGAACUAGACCUCAGCGAUAACGCCUUUGGCCCUAUUGGAGUAAGAGGUCUGGCAUUCUUGCUAAGAAGCUCAUCGUGUUAUGCUUUGGAAGAAUUAAGGCUAAACAACAAUGGAUUGGGAAUUACAGGGGGGAAAUUAUUAGCCGAAGCCUUGACUGACUGUUAUGAUUGCAGUAAAAAACAAGGAAAACCAUUGGCUUUGAAGGUUUUCAUUGCUGGGAGAAAUAGAUUGGAAAAUGAGGGUGCCAAAGCUUUGGCACAAGUUUUUAAGUUGAUUGGUACCCUAGAGGAAGUGGCAAUGCCGCAAAACGGCAUUUACCACGUGGGCAUUUCGGCUCUAUUCGACGCUUUCACGCACAAUCCCAACCUGGAAAUCCUAAACCUAAACGACAACACAAUAACGCACAAAGGGGCAGAGGCUGUGGCAAAGGCGCUGCCCGCUUUGCAAAACCUGAAAAUCAUCAAUUUCGGCGACUGCUUGCUCAAAACCAAAGGCGCGAACCAUCUGGCGAAAGCUUUGGAGAAAGCUCACGUCAACUUGGAAGAGCUGAUCCUGGAAUCCAAUGAAAUCGGCAAAGAGGGCGGGCUUGCCGUGUGCGAUUCUAUUGCCAAUAAAGUCAAAAUUAAAAGUUUGGUUUUGGACGGUAAUCAGUUUGGAGAACAGGGUCUUGUCGAGAUUAACAAAAAACUAAAAGAAGUUGGAAAAUUCCACGUUGCCAGUAUCAACGAUAACGAAGAUAGCGACGAGGAGGAGGAAGAAGAAGAGGGAGAGAGCGAUGAAGAAGAGGAAGAAAGCGACGCAAGCACCACGGAGGAAACGAUCGACUUGUCGGUGUCGAUUAAAUCGCUAUCGAAUAAAUCGACUGUCGAGCAGUUUCAAAUUAACCCUUCCGAGGCGAAUUUCAUGGGUUUGGGCGACGGCAGAUCGGAUUUGCUGCUGAAUUCCGUCAAGAAAUUGGAAAAUGUUGAGUUGGAAUCUUUUGUGCCGAUGUUGAUGAGAAUAUCGGCGUUAAGUACGAGCGCGAGACCGGAAGUGGCCGAAGCUGCUUUUAAAUGCACCGAACAAUUUUAUAAGGAACUUUUCGUUUGGGCACAAAAAUACGAUAACAUUUCCAUUGUCAACAACUCGUUGCUCGUAAAUUUGGGAUUGAUAAAGUGUGAAGAUAAAAAAUUUAUUCCCAGUUGGAAUUUGGAAAGUUGCCUGACAGCGCUAAACAGAAUAACUUUGAAAAAUUAUGUUCCAGAUAAUACAAAACAAACUCUAAAAACAUUCAUGGAAAGGGAAAUUGAAAAUAACGGAAAGUUUAAGAACGUAAAACAGCAAAUUUUGUCGAAUUUAAAGUAAAUUAAGUUAUUAUUUAUUGUUGCUUUUAAU